AUGCCGAGUUGCUCAGCAAAAAAAUGUACGAACUCAUGGAAAAAACAUUUUAAAAUGUGUUAUUUUCCACUGAAUGAUCCACAAAGAUGUGCAAUAUGGGUAGCCAACAUGAAUAGAGAAAAUUGGACACCUAAUAAACAUUCGGCGUUAUGUGAAGUACAUUUCACUCCUGAGAUGUGGGAAAAUAAUCGUCAGGAUAACCUGCUGAAACUAAAAAGAAAUGCGGUACCAACUUUAUUUAGAGAUACAGAAACUAGUGAAGUAAAUGAUGCUACUUUUACUAAUCUUAAUGAAAAUCAAGAUGUAGCUGUUGUAAUUGAAGAUACAAAUGAUAAUAAAUGCAACGUUGAAGCACCUAAUGGAGCUAUUGUUGAGGAAGACAAUGUAAUAAUGCAUAAUAUAUCUAAGGAGAACAUAAGUAACAAGGAAAUGGAAAAUGAGAUAUAUUCUAACAGUGCGGGUACAUCUGAAAGGAAAGAAUUAAUGAUAGGAGAGAACACGUCUAGUUCAUACACUGAUAAUUCGGAAUCUUAUAAAAAACAAUUUGAAAAGUUACAAAAACAUUAUAUCAAAUUAGACAAGAUACAUAAGAAAACUAAGAUAAAAUUAAAAAAUGCGGAAAAUAGAAUUAAACGCCUUACGAAAAAAAAACAAAUUUGAAAGCGC